AGAGACUGCUGCCAUGCUGCCUGACUGACGGAAAGCGAAAUAUUCGGCUAAAAAUUUGAAAUUGGCUUUAUUUCCUGAACAUCGCCGACUGAAACGAACGCACGAGCGCGCCGAGAUAAAGUUAAGUUACUUCAUCUGUAAUUCAUAAAAGCCGCAGCAAAAUGGGUAACGUCUUCGCAUCGAGUUCGCCACCUCCGGCAGCAGUCCCCAUUCCUCUUGGCCCAUCACCGACAGCACCUGAAGAAGAGAAAAUUUUAAGUCCCUCGCCAUUAAGCAAAGACCCCAGUCUCAUUAACCCAGGACCCAUGGAGGAGUUGCAUCGAAAGUGCAAAGAGGUGUUUCCCAUGACUUUUGAGGGAGCGAAAUUCAUGGUAAACAAAGGCGUCAGUCAACACUUUCAAAUCUCCCACACACUGAAUAUCAGCUCAGUAAAUCCUGCACAGUCUGGAUAUAAAUUUGGAGCAAACUACGUAGGAACAAACCAAAUCAGCCCCUCGGAAGCGUUUCCAAUUUUUGCAGGAGACAUCGACCCCAGUGGCACCCUAAAUGCCAACAUUAUUCAUCUCAUCCAGCCACGGAUAUUGGGAAGAUUUGUUUCCAAGAUCCAGGCAAGCAAAGUUGUGGGCAUGCAAGGCUCAAUGGACUACAAGGGAGAUGACUUUACAGCCUCUCUUACGGCAGCUAACACUGAUAUUGUCACUAACUCGGGUGUUCUUGUUGGCCACUACCUGCAGUCGGUGACCAAGAAUGUGGCUCUUGGUGCUGAACUGGCUUACCAGUACGGACCACAGGUGCCGGGUUUCCAUGCCACCGUCAUAAACGUCGCUGGACGCUACACAUGCGACCAGUUCACAGCCAGCGGCACUGUCGGCGCUUCUGGCGUCCACGCCUGCUACUACCAAAAAUGCAGUGAUACUCUUCAGAUCGGUGUGGAGCUGGAAACCAAUCUUAGAAUUCAGGAAUCUACCGCACAAAUUGGCUACCAGAUCGACCUUCCCAAGGCUAAUUGUGUUUUCAAGGGUAUGGUGGACACCUCGUGGACCGUGGGCGCAGUUUUGGAGAAGAGACUGCUGCCGAUGCCCUUCACUCUCAGCCUGAGCGGUACAAUGAACCACCGCAAUGGACAGUUCCGACUCGGUUGUGGCUUUGUUUUAGGCUGAGCGAAGACGCUGCAUUCAGAAUUAGUUAUGUUAUGUUUUUAAGAUCAAUCGAGAUAAUGGCAGGUUGGAUUCCUGAUAGCUGACCAAAUUUUAAAAAGUACUCUCGCAUUUCCGAAGUUGCAUCAUCUCUGUUGUUGGCUGACUAGUCAGGAGCUCCGAUGUGUUAUCAAUAAAUCAUAGUGUCCUACUUGCGUUAAGCAAAGA